AUGGAGCCUCAGGGUACAGCGGCUGCCUUGCAGUGGAGCACUUGGAUGCGCUGCUGGCAUUGCCGGACGCAAAGCCACAUCGAUGGGCUAUCGCUGGGAGGAGUGAGGCCAAGCUGCAAAAAAUGGCGGCCAAGUGUCGAACUUUUCCGAAGGUCAUUGUAG